AUGUGGCAACGAGGUGUUAUUAUGAAUAUUACAAAUAAUGGGAUUUUUAUAUCCACCCAUGAUGAUGUGAGUCACAAAUUUAUUUAUUAAAAAAUAUUUUUUUUUGUUUUAUUUUUAGACAGCGAUUAUGCCACAUCGACUGAAUCAGAACUAUCAAAUCGGGGAUUGUAUAGAAUUUGAAGGAAAAGAUCGAAAUAUUUUGUCCUCGAGAAAAUGCGAAAGAUUUGUUGAUUUUCAAAUGAAAAGAAAUGGUAAAUCGAUUUGCCUGAUUUGCGAUGUUAUCGAUAUCACAUGGAAAAAUGUGGCAAGAUGGGGGAAGAAUGUGAGAGUUAUCAAAACAAAUUUCAUCGAGGUUCGCAAUUUUUUACAUACAUAUUGUCCGUUUGGAAAUGAGAGUCACCCCGCGAAAAAAUAAAUUUGAAUUUGCUGCUGGAGACGCAGACAGCGAGAGAGCGCGCUGGCAAACAGCCAACGGGGGUUUUGUAUGGGAAAGCGACCGCAACGCACACGCAUCGCGGGGGUAGGGGGAAAUUGGAGAUUUUCCCAAAUUCAAAUUUAUUUUUUCGCGGGGUGACACUCAUUUCCAAACGGACAAUAUUAUCCUCAAAAUUUUUAAAUUUUUAAUAUUCAGGAAGUUUACGAAGCGCCAAAUAAUUCAGCAACCGGUCCCCUUUCAAAUGAUGCUUUACUAAAUUCAAAGGUUUCAAUUGCGAGAGCUUGCGGAGAUGAUAAACAAUAUUAUUGGCAUGUUGUUGGUGUAUUUCAAAAUGCGAAAAAGAAAGAAGUUACCGAAAAUUCCGAGCGAAUUCAAUAUAAAGGACUAAUUUGCACGUUUGGUGUGCUAACUGAUGUCAAAGAUGAAUUGUAUAUUUGGAUACCUUUUAGAAAUGGGAGAGAUGUUAUGCUUCCAGUUAAUUUAAGGAAAAAUAUAGGAAGAGAUGAAUAUAUUGGAAAAUGGGUCACGUUUUCAAUGAAACAUCACCUUUUUCUUGAUGAAGAUAGUGAUGUUCGAAUAAUUGAAGAUGUUUUUCCAACUAGGAAACGAGCUGACAAUUAUGAGGUAUUCAGAAUAGCUGACGUUUAUUUAGAAUCCAUAGAUUUACAGAUCAAGGUGCCGUGCAUAUUUGAUUUGAAAUGUCAGACGAGCAAAGUUUCUGAACUGUUCAGUGAUGUUUGUGGAACGAUUAUUGAUCCGGCGAAAAUCUUGGGUAAUAUGUAUUUACGAGAUUUUUUUCUCACAUAGAAAAAAAGUUUUAGAUAAGUUCAAACGGUUGUACAAUUUUCGAGAAGAAUUAUGGGUCGCUUAUCAAUUUAUCGAUAAAUCUAGGAACAUCAGAUUCUUCUUGUCGGAUGAGCAAGAUUCUUGGAGAGAAAGAUCGCCGGAAAGAUCGAGAAAUUCACAAUAUGAUCUUGGAAACCUCAAAAUCACUAGAUAUUUCAAUGAUGUUCCAGAGGCUCCUGGAUCUUCAGCUUCAUCGUCUUCAAAAUUGCAAAAAGAAGAGGAGGAGGAAUACAACGAAGAUUUGGAGAAUGUAAGGAGGAAUUUGAAAAGAGUUAAGACGAGAAUCGAAUAUCUGACGGAAAAUGGAAUGGAAAUUCCAGAAAAACUUGUGCUUGAAAUGGCGAAUUUGGUGAGCGAAGAGAGGAAAUUAGCAAAAGAAACAUCUUCGAAUUCCUCGAGAAUCGAUUUGAAAAAUUAUCAAAGAUUAGCCACAUUACUUCGAGAUAUGCUAAGAUCUCAAAGGGUUCGAGAAGAAAUGGAAUCAUGGAAUCGAGAAGGAAUGAAUGAAAUAGCUAAACUUAUGUCUGAUAUGUGA